AAGACAGUGAAUUCCCAGGUUGUUAGAGCGUGUGGGUCCAUCCAUCUGACUCUCUUCUUCUUCUUCUUCUUCUUCUUCUUCUUCUUCUUCUUCUUCUUGUUUUUCUUCUUCCACUCAUUUCUUCGCUACACAACACAACCAUGUCUUCCACUCUCUUCUCUCUCCUCUUCCUCCUUCUCCCCUUCACCACCCUCUCCCACCUCUUCUCUCCCCCCGACAACUACCUCAUCAACUGCGGCUCCUCCGCCCCCUCCACCCCCGUCGACUACCGCCCCUUCGCCGGCGACCUCGUCCCCCGCCACUCCCCCUUCUCCCCCUCCCCACGCGCCGUUUCAGUCCAAAACGACAACCCCCUCCCCAACCUUCCCCCAAUCUACCACACCGCUAGGCUUUUCACCACCCCCGCCAGAUACUCCUUCCCCAUCACCCUCAAAGGCACUCACAUGCUCCGCCUCCACUUUCACCCCUUCAAUUCCUCCAAUCUCGACCUGGGUCGCGCCCAAUUUCACGUCUUGGUCAACGGCCACGUCGUUCUCAGCAACUUCACGCGCUUCGUAAAUCCCCAGAGAAACCCUAGAAUCGUCGAAUAUCUCAUCUGGGUCGAUUCGGAGAAGCUCGUUGUCAUGUUUGUGCCUAGCAAGGAUUCCAAAUUCGCGUUCGUGAAUGCCAUUGAGGUGAUUUCCGCGCCCAAGGACCUUGUUCCCGAGACUGCCCAGUAUUUGAGUUCGUCAAAAGUUGAGGUUUUUGAUGGGUUGAACAAACAGGCUCUUGAGGUUGUUUACAGGGUCACUGUUGGGGGUCCCAAAGUUACUCCUUUUAAUGAUUCCUUGUGGAGGACUUGGGUUCCUGAUGAUGGGUUUUUCAAAUCAAGUGCUGGGUCUGAAAAGCUUUACUUUGGUGGGAGGAUCAAGUACCGCGUUGGAGGGGCUAGUCGUGAGGUUGGCCCUGAUAAUGUGUACAAUAGUGCAAGGUUGAUAAGGAGUAAGAAUGAUUCUGUUCCUAAUGUUAACAUGACUUGGGUGUUUCCUGUUGUUGGAGGGUAUAAGUACUUGGUUCGGUUGCAUUUCUGUGAUAUUGCUAGUAUUUCGCUUGGCUUGCUUUACUUCAAUGUGUAUGUGAAUGGGUAUUUGGCGUAUGAAGAUUUGGAUCUCUCUUAUGUUAUGAAUUCGCUGGCUUCGCCGUUUUACGCGGACUUUGUGGUUGAUGGAGGAGAUGAUGGUGUGGGGGGUUUGAGUGUUAGCAUUGGUCCUUCCAAGAGCAGCAUGGCUCAUGUCAUUGAUGGUAUAUUGAAUGGAGUUGAGGUUAUGAAGAUGAACAAUUCUCACAAUAGUCUUGAUGGAGAGGUUUGUGCUGAUUUUGUUCUGAAGAGCUGGUCCACGGGGAAUUCAGGUUUGUUGUUUACUUUGGUGGCUGCUGUUUGCAUUGUGUUGAGCUUAUCCAUAGUGGUUCGUAGGAGGUUCAUUGGAUCAAGGGAAUCUGUGUCGUGGUCGAGGUUGCCUGUGAAUUUAUCGGACGAUAGUGUUAAGAAUUAAGAUUGGUGAUAUUUAGUUGUAUACUUAUAUCAAAAGAUAAGAAAAAAUAUUGGCAAUAUUUAAUCAGCAAGUGAAUAGUUUGUGUGUAAACUAUCAGCAAAUCUAGCCAUCUAAGGUGGCUUUCAAGAGAAAAGAGAAACAUGAAGGCACAUGCUGCAGAUCAAGCUAGAAAAAGGAAGGAAUUCUUCAAAGUCCUACUAGUACCAACUUUUUAGGUAUUAUUGUAUUAUAUCUAUAAGUUGCCUUGUUUAUAUCAUGAUAUUAGGCAUUCCUUUUGCCACUAGACUUUGCUUUCUUAUCAUUGUUCAUUUUGAUCUGUUUUGUAAUGUUGUAGCCAUUUCAUCAUUUUUAUAGUUUGUACUUGUGGAAAAUACUGUAACUUUCAUAUUGAGUGGUUAUACUUAUAUGAGUUUACUGGUGCCCCCAAAUUAUCUGUUUUGGUUUA